AUGAAUCGGAAAGGGAGGAGAAGCAUUCCAGAUCGAGGAGUACUAGAAUAUGUUCCGGAGCCGAUGCACCAUAUACAGUCCCGGUUAUCGGUAGACGAAGCUUCCCACACCAGUAUCUUGUCCAAGUCGUGGUUACACGCUUGGUCCACCAUCCCUAACCUCAGGUUUCAUGUUCCCAAAGAACAAGAAGAAAAAGAAAGAAAGCACAUGAAAUUGGUGGACGUGGAGCACACCCUGAAAAGUUACCUCGAUAACAACAUACCAAUCGAAAGCUUUGAGCUCUCGAUUUCCAUUGAGAACCAGGAGUCGGCUUCUCUUGCUGAAAAAUGGAUCCGUAGGGUGUCCACUAAAAGGGAAAAUGAUUUACAAGCCCAACGAAUUACAUUGGAUGAAGGCUCUACUGGUCUUGAAAUUAUCCAUGUCCCAAAUCUCCAUGUCAUGGGCUGCAACGUGCGUAUGAAUAGAAUGUCUAGACGAUUUGGACCAUUGAUCAAGGACCAUUCAAUAUCAUUAGGAAGCAGCAUCACAGACUUAACUUUAGGCGGGGGUAUGAUCAGGGACAACGGAUCUCUGGACAUGAUCAUUAAAUUGGGAUUACCUUUUCUUGAAAGUUUGACCCUUGAUAUGGACUAUUGGAUGUUGGGUAGCUUUCGUUUCACAUGUGCUUCCAUCAAGCAAUUUUCGUUACUGUCGUGUCCAUGCACGCUUGGAGACGUGGUAUAUGUUACUGCUCCAAAAUUACUUUUUUUCUCCUUCUAUGGUAACACAAUGCCCAGUCUCUUGUUUCCAGACUCUACUCUUGAGCAAAUUGACUUUCGUCUGGGACUCGACAUUGAUCGUGUCGAUGCUUCUUUUUUCCUUAAGAUGAGGGAAGCACUCAUGUUAUCAAGCAAGAGCAGCAAACUUCAUAAAACAACCUUCAACCAUGACCGGCCAUUACCAUUGGAGAUUGACAUCGAUGAUCUAAGAACAAGGCAACCAUUUCCUCCGGCUACCAACUUGCAGAAACUUUCAUUUGAAACUAUCGGGGAUGAUUGUCUGUGGGAAUGCUCCCUAUUUUUCCAAGCGUUUUUUGAGAUUUGUCAUCUUAAACAAGUAACUUCAUGGCCAGUCACGAUGUUGAAAGAUAAGAAUCACUUUUGCGAGCUCAUGCUCCAGGUAUUGGAGAAAAACAGUAGUAAGAUAACCACAACGACAUAUUGGCCUCGUUACCUUAAAAAUGUUCAAAUAGAACGACCUGGUCAUAAUCCAAAAUGGGAAACUCUAUCUGUUUCCCACACAAGCUUUCUACAAGGACCCACUCCUAAGCAUCUGCCCUUCAAAUUCAUACUAAACUAG